CGCUACGAUCGCGAAUCAGAUUGGAUUCAACCAGAAAGCGAGUAAAUGUUUUCCUUGUGAUUAAACGAUCUACCUGACUCGGACGAUUUUCUCGUCUUUACAAACAAUUUAAAUAUCAUGAACGCGUUUAACGACAAAUUAAACGGAAAGAACAAAGGAACGACUUGAUCGGUAAACAUGGAAGAUUACAACUUUCAUAUUUUAUCAAAAUCACAGUUUUUCUCAACGCAUUGAAACCUAUUUUCAGCUCGGUCGAGAUAAAGAUGAUGCGAAUUAAUUUAAAGCUCCUACUCAUCGUGUUCAUCAUUGGAGUAGGAAUCACCACACUAUCGUAUUGGACUAAAUGUGGAGAAACGACCGUUUUGCAUCCUAGAGAAGUACUUUGGAGGACUAGACACCGUCAAGGGAGUGAUUCUUAUAGUUCGGACACUUACGAUAAGGACGAAAAAUUAUCAGAAGUAGAAAAAAAUGGAAGAAAUAUCGAUUGUUUAAUUAACGAAGAAUCAACCAUUUCCUGUCGACAGUACGGCGGCGAAGUUUAUAUACCUUUUACUUUUAUCCACAAAUAUUUCGAAGUUUACGGUCGUUUAGUUAAACAUAAUGGUUACGAAAGAUUCGAAUGGCAGCAUAGUUAUUCCAAAGUAUAUUAUCCACAAAAGAAAUACGAUCCACACGGUGUGUUCUUAUGGUUCGAAAAUUAUAACGUCGAAGUCAGAGAUCGAGUGAAAUUCAUUAGCGGUAUCGAAGGUGUACCAGUAUCCAGCCAGUGGGACCCACGAGGUUAUUUCUAUCCAAUCCAGAUUGCACAAUUCGGUUUGAGUCACUUCAGCAAAAAUCUGACAGAAAGUCCUCCAACAGACGUUGUGAUAGAAGAUGGUAGCGCUACGCAUAAAGGAAAAUGGAAACUACCCACUGACACUCAAAAUGUCAUCUUUCGUAGAGUUAUGGACGAUACAGUUGGACACAAGUUGUUGGAAUUUAGAAUAGGUACCAAUCCCGGUGCAGUGCUGAUUUUACACGAGGAUCUUCCCUACACCACGCUCCAUUUUGAGAUGCUCUUCACCAGCAACUCAAGUUUAACUGUGUUGUUAGAAAAUGUAGCUGAUCAUAGUCGUUAUACCAUCCGUUACGUCACCAGCAACGUUUUGUUAACUACUAGAGACAGUGACGUCAUUUACGGCAUCGGCAGCAAUCGCAGCGGAUGGUAUCACGUCACGCGAGAUUUGGGUAUAGACCUGCAAAAAGGACUGGCCCAACAUACCAACAGAAAAAUAGCCAGGUUAAGAACUCUUCGUGUUCGUAGACUCGUGCUGCGUGGUUCCGGUUAUAUAGACACCAUCAAACUGGCAUCUAGUGCCCAUUUGGCACAUUUUUACUCCGCGGCCGAUUGGUUAGUGAGACAUCAAGACGAUAAGGGAGGAUGGCCCAUUAUGGUGACUCGAAAGUUAUCUAAUGGCAUGCUAGAACUACCUCCUGGUUGGUAUUCUGGUAUGGCUCAGGGUCAAGCCAUGUCUUUGCUUACCAGAGCUUUCAUAGUGACGGGUGAUUUAAAAUAUUUAGAAUCCGCACUGAAAGGUGUGAAAAUAUUCAAAGUCAGGUCCGAAAAUCAUGGUAUUAUGACCACAUUCCUGGGUAAGUACGUCUGGUAUGAGGAGUACCCAACCGUGCCCAGUUCUUUCGUUCUUAAUGGUUUUAUUUAUUCAUUAUUCGGUCUUUACGAUGUCUACAUGACGUGCACUCAUGAAGAUUGCAGAGAAGCCGGGAAAUUAUUCGACGAGGGGAUGGUUUCAUUAAAAAAAAUGCUUCCAUUAUACGAUUCCGGUUUCGGUUCAAUCUACGAUUUGCGCCAUUUCUCUUUGGGUGUGGCACCAAAUUUAGCACGUUGGGACUAUCACACGACACACAUUAAUCAGCUUUUAUUUCUGGAUACGAUUUAUGACGAUUCUAUUCUUAAAUUAACGGCAGAGAGAUGGUUGGGUUACAUGAAAGGAAAAAGGGCAUCGCAUAAUUAAUUUUACCGUUUUUACAAUUCUGUUGGCUGCUCAAAAAUUUAAGGCAGCUAAAAAUCGUGGAGGAAGGAAAAAAAAGAAGAAACUUAUUUUUAUUUUUUAACUCGACAACUGUGACAUUUUCUUCACAGAAGGGUUAUUUAUUAAAUAAUUAUUUUUUAUUGAUAGAAUAUAUAUAUAUAUAUAUACAUACAUACAUACAUAUUUCUUCUCGAGGUAGUUAUUUUAUAUCGAUUUAUUCCGGGGAUACAUUCAUUAAUUUUUUGAAGAAUUUUUCCAUACCGACUUAUUGUAUAUCCAUUCAGAAAUUUGUUACAUUUUUAAACUUCCUUUAAUAAUUAAGAGCAGACAGUUUUUUCUUGAUUUAUUUUAUAAAGGAAGACAUUUAAAAAAUAAUAAUGAUGACGAUAAACAGACUUUUUAAUAUACUUUUGGAACGAUAAAAAAAAAUAUAUAUAUAUAUGAUUAAAACGGAUUUAAAAAUAAUUUUUUACUUAAAAAAAAUAUUCAGGAGCACCUAUCUGCACAUACAAAGGACCGUCGGUAGUUCCUUAUUAAUAGACAGAAAUAUCAGGAAGACAAUUAUGAAUUUUCUGUCGAUUAUAAGAAAAAUUAGAUUUUCAUUGUACACAGUCAUUUUCCUAUGCACACUUUAAAAAAAAAAAGGGAAGAACAUGUGAAGAAGGUUGCAUGUUUACUUUUACUGUUGAUAAUAUGCACAUUCGCGUAUAUGCUUCGAUCCCUAACUCAUGGGAUGACGCCAGUUGUAUAUAUUAAAUGUACAAAUAUGUAUAUGUAUGAAAGACAUGGCUCUGCCAAAAAAAGAAAAUGUUUGUUUAAAAAAAUAAUAAUAAUAAAAAAACACAAGAUCUG